UAGUACGUCAUGAGAGUGAGUUUUACAAAUAUGAAUUGCCUCCACAUGUUCACUUGCAGUCAUGCCAUUACUGAAUUCUUGGCGCUGCUUAUGACUUUUUUUCUCCCCAGUACUUCUUAUGAAGCUGAAUAAACUAAAGUACGUGUCUUCUUCUAGGAUAUUGCAAAAUUGCAUGCAAAAGGCAUUGGGACAGUGAGUGGGAAGCUGCUUCUUGGAACAGCUGAAAAGAUACCGCCAUCAGAAUUAGUCGAUACAACUGGUGCAGGUGAUGCAUUUAUUGGAGCAGUUCUGUAUGCUCUCUGUGCCAAUAUGCCACCAGAAAGAAUGUUGACAUUUGCUUCUCAAGUGGCGGGUAUCGGGUGUAGAGCAUUGGGAGCAGGAGCUGGUCUUUGUUCACAAUUUGUUUUUUCUCUAUCCACGUCGAAAAUGGAAAAAAGGCUCUACCUUUGUGAUUAUGUACAUUAG